AUGGAGACGUCCUCCUCCUCCUCGGGGAGCUCCUCUGGUGCGGCUGCGGGGGUGGGGGUGGCGCCGUUCGUGGCCAAGACGUAUGGGAUGGUGGACGACCGGGCCACCGACGCCGUCGUCGCGUGGGGGAGCGCCGGCAACAGCUUCGUCGUGGCCGACCCCUUCGCCUUCUCGCAGGCGCUGCUGCCCGCGCACUUCAAGCACGCCAACUUCUCCAGCUUCGUCCGGCAGCUCAACACCUACGGCUUCCGCAAGGUGGACCCGGACCGCUGGGAGUUCGCGCACGCCUGCUUCCUCCGCGGCCAGACGCAUCUCCUGCCCCGCAUCGUCCGGCGCCAGAGCGGCGGCACCGGAGGCAAGCGCGCCAAGGACAACGACGAGGAUGGAGACGGAAGCAGCACGAUGUUAGCCAUGGAGGUGGUGCGGCUGAGGCGGGAGCAGAGGGCCGCCGAGGAGCGCGUGGCGGCGAUGUGGCGCCGGGUGCAGGAGACGGAGCGCCGGCCCAAGCAGAUGCUCGCCUUCCUCCUCAAGGUCGUCGGAGACCCCGACGUGCUGCGCCGCCUCGCCGGCAGCGCCCAGGAGGAGGGCGCGCGGGUCAACAGGCCGCGGCUGCUUCUCGACGGCAGCAGGGAAGAAGAGAGGAUGCCCGUCGACGGGCUGUCGUACCGCAAUCACAGCAAUCUGAACAUGGAGGAGGCCUUUGUGCUGGAGCCGAGCGUGGACUUGUACUACGCCGGAGGCGACGGGCAGGCGGACGGCGGCGGCGGCGGACAUCCGCCGUACGCGGAGUUCCACGUCGACAGCGGCUACUGA